AUGGCAUCGUCUCCCAAAGCCUCUCACUCGCCUAACUCUUCUGGCAAUAAGUCCCCAGUGCUGCCUAUUCCCUUAGCGCUUCAGAGCAAUUACAACAAUAUGAAUGGAGCUGGAAGCAAUGGCGUCGGGACCAAGUUGUCCCCAUGUCCCAGUCCGGACUACGGUGCAAUGGGAUACUUGUGGCCUCCUAACUCGCCUAAAGUCAUGUACCCGAACACAGGUGACUUCGAUGCUAGUGUGGGCUUGGGAGGAGUUGUGGGUGGAGUAACAGAUAGUCAGCAGCAGCAGCCAGAGUACAAUCUGCUGAGAGUGUUGAUGGAGUCACAGCUGGAAUACUACAACUCAUUCCGAUCCAGAAAUCCGGCCAGGUCCCCCUCCCAGCCGCAACACUCGCCCCAACCGGGUCCAUCCUCCACCUCAUGAUGAGUGGCAACAAAGUGAGAUCGCGAGGGGACCCCAAAAUAUGAACGCUGAGAAAGGAAACGAGAGCUGAGAGGUUGAAGUUGACCACAAGGGGAAAUAAAUGAAAUGUUGACAAAUAAUGACAUAAAAAGUAAACUAAGGAAAACUAUCCUUCAUAUGAUUAUUAUUAUUACUUACUAUUUGUAGUUUUAGCAAUAGAAAUGAU